AUCUUACAUGGGAAUGACAACAGCACUCUAGAAGAAGCUGGCUCCGAUGAACGGACUCCACUGGCUGCAGCCGCCUUGAACGGACAUCUCAGCACCGUUUAUCUUCUCCUUGACUCGGGAGCCACUGUCGAUUCGCGAGAUUCUGCUGAAGACACACCAUUGGCUCUAGCUGCAGCCAAUGGCCAUAUUGGCAUUGCCAAAAGACUCGUCCUGUCCGGCGCCAAUAUCGAGAGCAAAAGCUACGACGGAGCCACCCCAGUCAUCAUUGCAGCAAGCAACGGUCAUACAGAAAUGGUCACUGCCCUAAGGGGACUCGGCGCCAAGAUGGAUGCUGCUGACGACAACGGGGAAACA